AUGAUUAAACAACAGCAACCACAGACCAUUACAUACGCCAUAUAUGCAUAUAAUUCAAAGACGGCAGAACAAACGCAAAUGUUGAAAUAUGGAGAUUUGGAGAUAGUAUUGAAAAAUGACCAUUUCGAAUUCGUUUGCAAAGGUGGUGCAGUGAUAUCAAAUAUAAAAGAAAUUUUAUUUAUGAAUUCAAAAAUUAAAGGAAUAACGGAUGAUAUAACAUCAAUUCCACCAGAAGAACAAAGAUAUUACGCAUUAAAUGCAUUUCCUAAAGUUUUGAAGAUUGGAAGAUUUAAUUUAAAUGAGGAAUUCAUAAAAGGUUUCCUAAAUGACAUAAUGAAGAAGGCAGAUAAGGAAUAUGUUAACGAUGAGUUAGCAAAGAAAGCAGAUAAGGGAUUUGUGGCUAGUGAAUUAAUGAAGAAGGCAGAUAAGGAAUAUGUUAAUGAAAAAGAUAAUGAAAUUAUAGAAAGGGUUGAAUGGUAUCAUGAACGGACAUCGAAGAUUCUUAAAACUAAAGCUGAUACAGGAUGGGUUUCAGAAUGUUUAGACCUUAAAGCAGAUAUAUCAUUUGUUAACGAUGAGUUAGCAAAGAAAGCAGAUAUAUCAUUUGUUAACGAUGAGUUAGCAAAGAAAGCAGAUAUAUCAUUUGUUAACGAUGAGUUAGCAAAGAAAGCAGAUAUAUCAUUUGUUAACGAUGAGUUAGCAAAGAAAGCAGAUAUAUCAUUUGUUAACGAAAUAUACCAAAGUUUAGUUGGAACAAAAAAUAUUGAAACUAUUGUUGGCGACUUUUCUGUCAAUGAAGAAAACAAAUAUUUUAGAUGGGAGUUUGUACAGUCCUUAAGAAAUGGUAUACGGUAUAAACUCAUUCCGAAAAAUAACAAUGAAAUGUAUGUAGGCUAUAUAAAGAAUAAUGGCACACAAGUUAAAGUUCCAUUAGACAACAACUGCUACUUAAACUUAUAUGGAGACGAACAAAAGAAAUAUUUAAGAGUUUAUGAAAUGGUAGAUAUGACAUUGUCUAACGUAGCUCCAGCACCGUAUUAUUAUGACUAUGGUGUUGACGCACAUGUAGACCCAAAAAAGCAAACAUUAUAUUUAGAUUAUUAUAGAUAUAAAAGAUAUAAUGCAAUAGAAAAAACGAGAAUAGUAUACUAUUAUGAAGAUGACAAAAAUAAAUAUUAUAGUCAAGAUUUUACAUACCCUGAAAACAUAAGAUUAUAUUAUAAAAAAUAUUCUGACACAAACCAGAAGAAACCCGAAAUAGUUACACUAUAUUUUAAGUUCAAAAGAGACAAUCCUAUAAUAUCUCAUAUGUUUGAUUUAAUGAACCCAGUAGGUUCUAUUUAUACAUCUAUGGAUGUGAGAGGUCCUCAAGCAAUGUUUGGUGUUGGUGCAUGGGAACAAAUAGUCGACAGGUUUUU